UCGCAAAUACAUAUAAAAAAUGUUUUAUGUAAAAAAAUACGACUUAUCUAUGCUGUUGCGCGUAUCAAAAUGUUCAAUUACACGUGAAAGAGUCACAAUGUUUCGUCUUGCGCGAGAGAUAUCAUCUGUAUCAAAAUGAGAUAUGGAAAUAGUACCAAGCGAUAUGAAGGGUCACAAUGGUCUCUGGAUUACAAGCUUCCUCAUCGCAGUGCUUUUGCAAACAUUAACAAUUACAAAUGCCAAAGAUGCCACGAAAAAGAAACACAUUAGUCCAUCACAUAAAGAGCAAGAAGAAGAAUUCUCAGAUCUAGAGGCAUCGGAGACUUCGUUCUACGGCACGUUUUCAAUUCAAAAAAAUCUUCUCAAUACCUAUCACCCUACUGUUUAUCAUGCGUCAAAUCCGACAUUUUCGUACAUUUCAUCUUCGUCGAGCUUCCCAAAUACCAUUUUCCCUACUGGUCAAAACCUGAGCAGUAUUCAUGACCAAAUUAGAUGCGGCGAUACUUUUUCUCAAGCUUGUCAGCAAUCACGAUAUCGAAGCUAUGAUGGUUCCUGUAAUAAUCUUCGAAAUCCCACAUGGGGCCUGGCUAAUACAAGAUACGGAAGACUCGUACGUGCACGUUACAGUGAUGGAAUUCGAGCACCAUCGAGAUCGAUCACCGGUUUAGAUUUACCAUCGGCUCGGCUCGUUAGCUACACAUUGUUCCCAGACACGGAUGUUAACGAUAAUCUAUGGACAUUGGCAGCGAUGCAAUACGGACAGAUAAUCACACACGACAUGGGUUUGAUCGAUGGCACAACUCAAUCAAAACCUCACGGUACACGAUGUUGCACAACAAACGGACAGCUGAUACCAGAAUCAGCGGCGAUGCCUCAAUGCUUCCCGAUACUCAUACCUUUCAACGAUCCGGUGUACGGCAACACCCAUAUACAGUGCAUGAACUUUGUCCGUAGUACAACCGACCUUGAUCGUGGCUGUUCGUCUCCGUACAAGCCGGCAGAACAGCUGAACACCGUCUCUAACUAUCUGGAUCUUUCGAUCGUUUACGGAUCGAGCGACCAAGUUGCGGCUAGUCUGCGAGCUGGUUUCGGUGGACGUUUGAAUGUUGAAUUGAAAAAUAAUAGAGAAUUUCCACCAUCGCCGCCUAAUAAAACCGCUAUUUGCGACGUGUUAUACGAAUUUGAGCCAUGCUAUGCUACCGGUGAUAUGCGUGCCAAUCAAAAUCCGCAAUUGACGAUUUUACAAAUUAUACUGCUCAGAGAACACAAUCGUGUUGCCGAUUUUCUGGCACAGUUAAAUCCUCACUGGACUGAUGAAACGAUAUUUCAAGAAACACGUCGGAUUGUAAUCGCUGAGCAUCAGAACAUCGCGUAUUACGAAUGGUUACCGAUCUUCUUAGGUGAUAGACAAAUUUUGAAUAACAACAUCGUGUAUAACACCGCGAACUACGUGAAUGACUACGAUGAGACAGUUAUUGCUCACGUGUUAAAUGAACAUUCAAAUGCAGCCUUUAGAUAUUUCCAUACGAAUAUUGCUGGUCGACUCGACUUAGUGUCAGAACGUCGACAAUAUUCCCCGUCAUCUAGUCUGAGAUUGAGCGAUUAUUUCAAUAGACCUGGUAUUAUAGAAAGAGGCAACAACCUGGAUGAUUUGGCUAGAGGUUUAUGUACUCAAGCGCAGAAACAGGCUGAUGUAUACUUCGAUAGAGAAAUUACACAAUUCUUCUUCAGGCGAGGAAGAGCCCUCGGAUCUGACUUGAGAGCAAUAGAUAUACAAAGAGAUCGCGAUCACGGAUUAGCAUCUUACAACGAUUAUCGCGAAUAUUGUGGAUUACCACGGGCAAAGGCUUUCACGGACUUUGCCGAUUAUAUAUCUCUUCAGAAUAUACAAAAACUCGCCUCAUUAUACGUUAGUGUGGAUGAUGUCGAAGUAACUGUCGGUGGAUCUUUGGAAAUGCUUGUGCCCGGAACACUUUCAGGGCCAACAUUCUUAUGUAUUAUGUUAAAACAAUUCCAAUUAACGCGAAUUGGUGAUCGUUAUUGGUUCGAGACCGGCGAUUCAAGUGUAGCAUUCACAUUAGAACAAUUGAACGAGUUACGGAAGUCAAGUAUUUCGCGACUGAUUUGCGACAAUGGAGACAAUAUUCAGAUUAUGCAAAAAUCAGGAUUUUUACAAGUCUCUGAAACCAAUCCGCUUAGCAGAUGUGAUGAACUCCCAGAGAUAAAUCUUUCUCUUUGGAAGGAUUACAAUCCACAGACUUCUGGUCACACUUAUCAGGAUAUUGUUAGAUCGCUAUACAAAAAGAAAUAAGAAAAAUUAAUGCAAGCUACUUUGCUUCCAAUAAGUUAGGUUAUUUAAGAUAUCAAAAGAUUCAUACCUAUUUUUGUAUAGAAUAGAAAUCAAAUUAAACUGCAACGCUUCGAAUUUAGGAACAAUUAAUAAUUAGUUUUUUGAAAAAACUGAAGCACUAAUUAUACUCUCAAGCAAUUCUAAUUAUAAGAAAUAAUAAAAAUAAUGAAAAGUUGUGCCGUAAUUUUAUACCAUAGACAAAGGCAGCAGUAAUAUGCAUUGCAAAAUGUAGUUUACAUACGUAUGCAGUACAUGUAUGUUGAUAGAUAAUUUUUAUAUUGU